AUGUGGCAUCUGUUAGUGCUCCCUUGGAACAUCAUGUACCAGGGAGCCAUCCCCGUCACCAUCUACGUGAAUACUUGCAAUACAAUUGUCGGCUACGAUUAUUUCGCGCCUGGCAGGCGCACGCGAGUUGUUACUGAUUUCUUCAAUAUCCAGGUCAAUUUGAUCGCGUGA